AUUAACAGGUUCAAACAAAUCAAGGUAGUCAUAGAAAUAUAAAAAAUGUCAGGUACAUUGGUAUUGGUUGGUCUUGGACUCGCUGGCUCCGCCCUAGUGGCGAGAACGAUCCUCCGAUCUUCGGGUCCGAUGGCGAAGAAGAUGGAGCAAAGUUUCACCCAACUCGGGAAGUUGGAUUAUAAAUAUUAUCGUGGAGGAUUUGAGCCGAAGAUGACGAAGAGAGAAGCGAGUUUGAUCCUCGGAGUCGGGCAGAGCGCAAAUAAGAAGAAGUACCGCGAAGCUCACAGAAGGAUUAUGUUGCUAAACCAUCCUGAUAAGGGAGGUUCUCCUUACUUAGCUGCGAAGAUAAAUCAAGCCAAGGACAUGAUGGAGGGGUCGUUGAAAUUAUGAUGUCAUAAUGUGGACAUUGUUCAGUUUGUGAUGUAAGCAUAGCCACUGUGACAUAGAAAGUUGGUUGGAAGUUUUUGGAUUUACAAACAGCAUAACUUGGUGUUGGCUUGUAGCAUCUGCAUUUAAUUACAAAAUGGUAUAUUCAAAAAUAUGAACACAUUUAAUAAAGCUUUCUUAGCACAUUGUAACAGUUAUUGGUUAUAAAUGUAGCAGUUCUUUAAUAUUAAAUAUGUUCUUUAAAGUGCAAAGCCAAAAUCUUUAAUUAACAUUUUUGUGUUUAAAAAAUUGUAACAAACAUUUCAGCUUUUUUAAAACCAAUGUAAAGAUUCAGACUGGUGUUUGUGGCUGUAAAACCAAACCGAACCAAUGUACAAGCUUUUCUUGUUAAUUGUCAAAUAAUUUUUCAGAAACAGCGCACAUGUUUACUGACAUUAUUUUACAUUUCCGUUUACAG